CGUCCACUUGGCAGAGCGCCUGAGAGCCGCCUGUGGGCAGGAGAGGAUCUGUCAAAUGCGAGGUUCCUUCAAUAAGAGAGACCAGUCCGGCUCCGAGAGUCAUGGCGACCGCAGCGUCUAACCACUACAGCAUCCUCACCUCCAGCGCAUCCAUCGUGCACUCGGAGCCCGGCAGCAUGCAGCAAGCCACGGCGUACCGGGACGCGCAGAGCCUGUUGCAGAGCGACUACCCGCUGCAGAGCAACAGCCACACGCUCAGCCACGCACACCAGUGGAUAACAGCGCUGUCCCACGGAGACACAGCCCCGUGGUCCUCCAGCCCGCUCGGCGUGGAGCAGGACAUCAAACCCGCGGUGCAGAGCGCCCGGGACGAGAUGCACAACUCCAGUAACAACCUGCAGCACCAGUCCCGGCCACCUCAUCUGGUGCACCAGACGCACGUGAACCACCACGACGGCCGGGCGUGGAGAACCACCACCGCGGCGCACAUACCGAGCAUGGCCACGACGAACGGCCAAAGCCUUAUUUACUCCCAGCCGGGCUUCGGCGUCAACGGGCUGCUCCCGGGCAGCGCACAGGGGAUGCACCACCACAACCUAAGAGACACUCACGAGGAGCACCACAGCCCGCACCUCAGCGACCACGGACACCCUGCGUCCCAGCAUCAGCACCAGCACCGGUCGCAGAGCCACCACGACCACUCGGACGAGGAUACGCCGACCUCGGACGACUUGGAGCAGUUUGCCAAGCAGUUCAAGCAGCGGAGGAUCAAGCUGGGCUUCACGCAGGCGGACGUGGGACUCGCCCUGGGGACCCUGUACGGAAAUGUGUUUUCCCAAACCACCAUAUGCAGGUUUGAGGCCCUGCAGCUCAGCUUCAAAAACAUGUGCAAGCUGAAGCCUCUGUUGAACAAGUGGUUGGAGGAGGCGGACUCCACCUCGGGCAGCCCGACCAGCCUGGACAAAAUCGCGGCGCAGGGGAGGAAAAGGAAAAAACGGACUUCUAUCGAGGUAAGCGUAAAGGGAGCUUUGGAGAGCCAUUUUUUGAAGUCCCCUAAACCGGCAGCUUCGGAAAUAUUGGGUCUCGCGGACAGUCUGCAACUGGAGAAAGAAGUGGUCAGGGUUUGGUUUUGUAACAGGAGACAGAAGGAGAAACGCAUGACCCCUCCCGGAGCUCUGCCGGGGAAUGAGGAUGUGUACGGGGACACGCCGCCGCACCACGGGGUCCAGACCCCGGUCCAAUGAACUCUGCUGGACCACUCCUCCAGGACAUGUUUACCCUUUUUAUUUAUCCCCAAUGUUAUAUAUAAAUCACUGAACUAUGAGACUCUAUAGUGGGUGUUUUAUGUAUAAUAGAUUGCAGUGACAAUAUCUGCAAUGAAUAUCUGGAAAAUAAGUGAGGGGAGGACAGGACGUUUUCUUUUUAUUCCUCUGCAGAGCUAAAGGAACAUAAGCCUGUGUUCUGUUCUCCGAGGAUACAUGCCCAGCACUGUGACUCCAGUCGACGCAGUUUCAAGGUGUAGCCCCUAUUGUGUAUUGAAAUUAUACUAUACGACGAAAAAAAAGAGGGAGGGGAGGAGGGAUACCUGGUUUUAGACGAAAAGCAUAGCUGAAUGGUUUCCAUUUUUUAUAUAUCAAAUCACACAACAACACUGUUUUUUCCCUGUGAGUAAAAGGGAAAGCAAAUACAAAGGCGUUUAGUUUUCUUGCUCUAAAUUGUUGCGUCCAGCAGUGAUGGUGAUGUGUGUGGGUGGUGCAGGAGGGGGGUCAAAGGAGCUGCGUUAAUGGAGUAAACUGGAGGCCAGUAAAGGCUGCAGCCCCAGUCCAGUGGAGUCCAGCUGGGGGUGAGCAUCGCCUGAGUCCCAUCUGUCAGCCAGGCACCAGCACACAGCCGCCAAACACUGCUUGGAAACAUCCAGCUAGUUAUUCAGUGAGGUUAGGAUUUAGUUAUAAACACAUAAUUAUUAUAAUUAUUCGUAUUGUUAUUAUUACCUGUAUGGCUCACUGGCUAAACUCCUUAAUAACUGGCCUGAGUGCAGUGAUAAUAAAAACUGUUUGACCUCUAUCAGGAGUCAGACAGCAGUGUAAACAAAAGGUCCAUGAUAUAUUUUCACAAAACACGCGUUAAAUGAUAUUCCCCCCCCCCCCCCCCCCCUCAGAGAUUUCAGGAAGGGCUCCGUGUCGACUGAUUGGAUUAUCUGGCACUUUUCCACAACAUGAUGGGCUAUAGAUAUCUACACAAAUAUUACGUCACCAACUCUCAGAGUACAUUUGGAUCCACUUUUGUAAAUAAUGUAUAACUUUAAAAGUCAUGGCUUCAUCCCUUUUUUUUUCUUCACUGGGGCACUUUCUUUGGAUUGAUGUUUUCAAAAACAAACAGUUCUCGUCAUAUAGCCUAUACUGCCUUGUAUGUGUGUGUUAUUUAACGUUCAUUUUGUUGCCGAAAUUAUGCUCGUUUACAGUUUGAUAUUUCUUUGUGGCGCAUUUUAUUUCCAGUCGUCAGAUUUGUUUUUAUUAAUGUGAAAUCGAUUUAAUUUGUUUGAAUAUCUAAGGAGUUCUGUUUUGCCAUUUGAUGUCCGCUCUGAAAUUACAUUAGGUUGUGUUUCCAAUCAAAAUAUAGUGCUUUGAGGACUUCAUUCUGAGGAAUCGAUAACAAUUUUCUAAAGAAUUAUCCAACAUGAAUCAGACGUAGAUGAUGAAAACGGAGAUGGUUAGUGUAUUGAAAAACGAAAAUGGUAAUAAUAAUAAGGCCUUUAGCUUUUCUCCCAGACAUUCCCAAAAAAAUAGAAGCAUAUGAUCAAAAUUAUUAUUAUUAUUAUUAUUAUUAUUAUUAUUAUUAUUAUUCACAUGGUGUUAUUUUAAUUUGUUUGUAAAGUCGUUGCCAUGCAUUUCACUUCAGCCAUUUUGUUCAUCUUCGUCUUUGUUGCUUUUUUUUACAUGGGGGGAGAAACUGCUCGUAGACAUUUUAUUUUAUUUUUUAGUAUUGUUAAUGAGAUUGUAAUUUAUUAUACAAUGGCUUUUUAUAGAUGACACAAAGUGCGAGAUAUAUAUGAAAUAACACCGAGAAGGCUUUUGUUUUGUAGGGGAAGAAUUAAGAGAGACAUAUUUUAGAUUUCUCAGCGGCAUUGCGACAGCCUAACACCGUCACAGCUAAAUGUAAAAACAUAUUUUCUCCAUGCAGAACCUUGCUUUUCGUUUUAUGCAAAAACAGAAAUCCAGGGACUUGUUUUUCUCAUGUGGAAACAUCUUAUCCCCCCCCCCCCCUCCUGAUUUAUGUUAUCCUGCAAAGAACAACACGCACCAUGGCAUUGAAAUAUUUCCUCAGUAGCUUUAAUGAACUCAUAAUUCACAGGAAGUUGUGGGAUGCAUACCUGUAGCAAUCCGACGCUGUUUCUUCUCUUUUUGUUUAAAUGCUUGUUAAACCAGUCAUUUUGGUUUUUGGGGGGAUAUUAUAGGCUAUGUCAUAUUCACUGGAUGAACUUGGGAUAGAUAAAGCAGGGGUGAUAAAACGCCUGACACACGAACAACGGACUUGCACAUUUUUAAAUAAUGGGGUUGAUAUUAAACAGCUUUUUUCCAACG